GAGCCGCUUAAUUCAAACACUUCUCAACGUGUCUCACUUUCCGCAGCUACAAGAGUCAAUUUGUAAAACUAGUUCAGAAGCCGUGCCUUCACAGAUAAUACAACCUCAGGGAUACGAGCGUGAUCAAAGCACUUGGUCCACGGAAAUAACGCGCAUUCUAAGAGGAGUGUCUCCAAACAGGAGAACAGGUCGCAUUUGAACACGCGUUGCACGAUCACAGACAGCUGUCACGCGACCGGAACAGGAGUUGACUUGAAGGCGCUGGAAAUAUUUAUUCUACUGUAACAAGAACGAUGCGUGCCACCUUUAAGACAUGUCUUGGACUGCUUUUGAUCAGUGGACUACUGCUAUCCCUGUUUUGUGCUUGGAGCCCUGGGACCGGCUCAAGUGUUGACAUACGGUCAAGACAGGGGGGUCAAAUACAGAAACUCCUCAAAGAGAAAAUCCAAGGCACCAUCAGUGUCUAUCAAAACAUUCCCUACCAUAUAAAGGAUGAUGUGGCAAGUCAUUUGGCGCAAAAUACAUGUGUGUGUCUGGCUGAUAAGGAGACCUUUCACCUGCCGUUCUCCAAUCAGCUGUUCCCACGUGUCUGGGCCCACAACAUUGACGUUGCAUUCUUAGACUCCCAUCCCAACCCGAGGGGCGUGAAGCAUCACAGAGCUCAGGAGUACAGCAGUUUUCAGAAGAGGUCCUACAACCCUGCAGAUGUGCUGAUUGUAGCUGAGGCCAGCAGUCCUCUUCAGUACCCUACUCAGGGGGUGGACGUGCGACCCCUCAAAACAAUCAUUAUUCCUGGUUUGGGUCUUAAAGAAGAAACAGGAUCCAACCAUACGGUUUAUUUGACAGCAACAUUGGGGACCUUUGAUGUGGCUGCUACAGUGAACAGGGUCUCUGUUGAAGGAGGAGGGGAGAAGCACAUGAUACUUUCUAGUCCUCUUCUCUCCGCUCUGAACAGGCAGCUGCAGUUUGUCACCUACACAAACACAGUUUUUCAUCCCAAGACAGCAGAUACAGUUCUGUUCGCUACUGACGUUCACCAGUCAUUUUUCACUAUUAAAGUUGGACAUGGAAUCAUACCUAAACUUUACAACACUGGAAAUCAAAGAGAGUACAAUAUUAGUGCUCUCGUUACCAUCGCCACCAAGACCUUUCUCCGCUAUGACAAACUCAAAGACCUCAUUGACAGCAUUCGGCAAUAUUAUCCCACCGUCACCAUAGUGAUAGCAGAUGAUAAUGAACACCCACAGUCAGUGACUGGGCCUCACAUUGACCAUUACAUCAUGCCAUUUGGAAAGGGUUGGUUCGCAGGAAGAAACCUGGCAGUGUCUCAAGUGACAACCAAGUAUGUCCUCUGGGUGGAUGAUGAUUUCCUCUUCACAGCAAACACCAAGUUGGAGAGGAUGGUGGACAUCUUAGAAAAGACCACUCUGGAUCUGGUCGGUGGUGCAGUGAGAGAGGUGACCGGUUACACUGCAACUUACCGUCACACCAUUUCAGUGGAAGAAGGGGGAGAGGAGGGGGACUGUUUACACAUCAGAAAUGGCUACCACCAUGUCAUCGAGGGAUUUCCCAACUGCGUGGUAGCUGAUGCAGUGAUCAACUUCUUUCUUGGGAGAACAGACAUGGUGCAGAAAGCGGGAUUUAACCCCCGUCUGGCCCGGCACGGUCAUCUGGAGUUCUUCAUCGACGCUCUGGGCUCCCUCUACGUUGGCUCCUGUAGUGACGUCAUUGUAAACCACGCUUCAAAGAUCAUUCUGCCCUGGACUAAAACAGACUCGGAUAAGGCUUAUGACAAAUUCCGCUAUUCAUCUUCCAGUGCUGAGAAUGACAUUCAUAAGGAAGACUUCUACUUCAAGAACAGGUUGAAGUGCAUGACCAGUCAUUGAAACCUGUGCUGAACAUGUCUGCCUGCUGCCUGAAUGUGAGGUAAAUCUGACAUUAUUGUUUUCAAGGAAAGUGAAGUCUGCAGAACAUUAUAUUGUUGUAUUUUAGUUUGUUUACUACUUUUGCAUUUGCUGUUAAACAGAUUGUGUGGACUGACUUUUUUCGAUGAACAGAUUACGAUUAAUUGAUAUAGACAACAGUAUGUUAUCCUCUGGUCUCUAGUAGACAUAAACCUACAUAUACAGUAUUAAACUCCACAACAUGCACUGAAAGUAUCAUGAUGUUUUUUUAAUGCACUCCAUGUGUACUUGAAAAAGAUAAAAAGACACAAUCUUUUUUUUCAUACAGGAAAAUGCUGUUGAGGUUCAACCAAAGUUUACUAAUGUUUAUGAAUGAUUCCCAACCGUUGUUGUCCAGCAAAUACCCAGAGCUGACAGAUGGGCUCAAGUUCUGUAAAUUAUUAAUUUUCCUGUUCAAUAGAUAGCAUGAAUAUCUGGGAAUUGUUGACACAGAACGUAUCUGUAUGCAUGUAUGAAUGUCUGAUCUUAUUUUUUCUAUACGACUAUUACAAUUAAAUAAAGGUAUUUGUUUUGCUAAACCUACAGUAUGUGUGACAUGUUGCACGGCACUGGCAACAGCUCAACAUGUAUGUUAUGCCACUCAAAGGUCAAGGCUUAUUAAUCCUAUUCAUUGUUUUCCCAAUAAAAUAUGGCUCAUAGAUCUAUCAUGUUUUUUUACUCCGGUAAUAUAUAUGUUAUAUGUUUUGAAUGUAUUGUGACACUGUCUUCUUCCACUUGGCUGUGUAUGUGUAAAAAGUGAUGCGAUGUCUUACUGUGCAAGUAAACUGGAUAUAAAUUACACUGUUGUGCUAUAUUUGUAGUUAUCGAAUGUUUGAAAAGCUUGUACUUGGCUCUUUAAAUUAUACAAGUGAUGAAAGAAUACAGCUUUCAAGGUCCAAGGUUCAUGUAUUGUCAACACAGGGUUUCCCUAGGCAACGCAGUUGUGGCCUGUUCCAUUUAUGCUACAAAAGAAAAGAAAAAAAACGCUCACUUGAGAUCAUUAUAAUUCAACUUAUAAGCCUUUUUGGGAUAUAUUCUUUA